UGACGCGGCCCAGUCGCUAGACAUCCUCUGGACCGUGCACGUUAACGUUAGGAGAUCCAUCGUGACCAAGAGAUCGCGCACACGGUCUGGCGGCUCGAUUUACUUUCCGUUUCCAUCGCUGCGGAUGUGUUUCAUCUGGAGAAGUCAGCGACGAGGAAGCAAGGAAGUCAAUAAACAUAGUCGUCAGAAUUUUUUAAGGAAGAAGCAUAUCUCAUUUCCGGCGUAAGAGAAACGACAUAGAGACGACUAAUCGACAAACACAGAAUGGAGAACGCAAAGGAAGAAACGAUAAAUAUGCAGCUGAUCGGUUCCGAGAGUCCGUACAAAGUUAAUAAUGAAAUCGCCGGAAGUGGUCUAAAUGCAUCGGAAGUUCCAAUAUCGCCGACCACAAACCCAGAAGACUACGACCCCCAUAAACAUCGAAAUAGGCCAAAUCCGACAUCAAACGCGGAGACGCUGAUACAUCUGUUAAAAGGAAGUCUGGGCACCGGGAUACUCGCGAUGCCGAACGCGUUCUGCAACAGCGGCCUGAUAACCGGUGUCAUAGCCACAGUGAUCAUAGGGUUGUUGUGCACCUAUUGUUUGCACGUGCUAGUGAAAGCUCAGUAUAAACUGUGUAAACGGUUAAGAGUUCCUAUAUUGAGUUAUCCGUUGAGCAUGAAAUACGCACUGGAGGAGGGGCCUGGAUGUGUCCGAUGGUUCGCACCUUACGCACCAGGACUCGUAGACGGGUUCAUGAUUGUGUAUCAAUUGGGAAUAUGCUGCGUUUAUAUCGUAUUUGUAGCGUCGAAUAUCAAGCAGGUAAAUAAAAGCAGCUGCCAUAAAUUAAAAAAAAAAAAAAAAAAAAAACAACAAUGGCAAACUACCAAUAAUUUGUCUCAAAUACCCUUUCCCUCUAGAAUGUAAUUACGAACACCCAAUAAUUACAAAAUCCCAGAAACGACAAAAAAAAA